UCGGGCUCGUGGUGCGCAUUUUGUGCUUCAUCUGUCCGACGUACAGAUCGUACAAUCGCAUCGGUGUUCUCCAAUAUAUACGCUACAGUUUUUCCCUCUUUCUCUCUCUCUCUCUCUCUCUUUCUCUCGCGACGACACUUAUUUCUCUUUGUAUUCGUAAUUUAUAUAUUAUUCGGUUGUACUCGUGCGUUGCUUUCACACGUUUUAGACGGAACUUUUCGACACGUUGGACUUUCUUCCUGUACAACCGAGUAUAACUUGCAGGUUCCAAAGAUGCCGUUAUCGGAGUUCCGUAAGAAAAAAUUACUUUUUGUCUUCAACGCUUUUUUCGAUGUUAAUCAAAGUGGCACCAUCGAUAUAAAAGAUUUUGAUCUCGCUGUACAACGAAUUUGUAACUCCAGGCAUUGGAAACCAGAUGAUGCUACGUCGCAACAUAUUAAAGACACUUUAACUAAAGUUUGGGAAGGAUUAAAACAAUGGGCCGAUGCCGAUCAAGACGGACAGAUCAGUCGAGAUGAGUGGUAUUCGAUGUGGGAGGAAUACGCGAAAGAUCCAGCACAUGCCCUUGAUUGGCAACAAACGUACAUGAACCUUAUGUUCGAUCUUGAAGAUUCUUCCGGUGAUGGUUCGAUCGACGAAACUGAAUUCAGCAAGGUAUGCAGCAGUCACGGCAUCGAAGAGGCCGAGGCACGUGAGGCGUUCAAGAAAUUAGGGGUGGGCACGGAGGUGACUCGUGAGAAAUUUGCCGAUUUAUGGAAACAGUAUUUUAGCUCCGACGACCCAAGCGUUCCUGGAAACUUUAUAUUUGGAAAGACUUCUUUCUAACUCUGCUAUCCUGUGGGAUUAAAAACGCGCAUACCCUACCGUAAAAGUCGUAUGUGAUGAAAUCAUAUACGAUCGUAUAUGAUAUUGUCACAUGUGUUUUUGGGAUGCGA